GGUAAAGGGAAGAAACAAAUUUCGUCAGCCGAAAGAUGGAAACGUAAAAAAGCUGGCUUAAGUGAAACUGACGAGAAUUCUGAAAAAAUUAUUAAACUCACUGAGUUGUCCAAUGAACUAUUAACACGCACUGGAAAUAUGGACAUCUAUCAAGAAACUUAUGAGGCAAUAAAGUAUAAAAUAAACCAGGCAGAGAAACAUUCGCAUCCUGCAAAACACGAAGCUGAAUCUGAUAUGUUCGCCGAUGACUUUGAUUCGAAGACAACGGAAAGUAAUACAUCUGGAACUUCAAAAUCUGAUGAAAACAAAGAGGCCGAAACACUGAAGGGAGAUGACGAAGUGAAAUGGGAGCUAAAGUGGUCACAAAAUGAUGAUGAUAAAAUAAAUGGUCCUUAUACAUCUGAACAAAUGCACACGUGGGCUAAUGAAGGCAAAUUUAAAAAAGGAGCUUGGGUCAGACGAGUUGGGCAAGCUGGUCAGUUUUAUAGUGCAGCAAGACUCGAUUUUGAACUCUAUUUAUAGUUAUUUUUUUUUACCGAUCAUAAAAAUUUAUCAAUAAUUAGGAAGUGUUUUUUAUGAUUUGUUUAUAAAUCGUUUCUUUCAAUAAAACCCAUUUUUCGGAUCCUAAAA